AUGACGUUUGAAAAAUUAUACUACGAUCCGUCGCAUUAUGCCGGAUAUUCAGCGGUGGAUAAUCUAACUCGUGCAGUUAAACCGAAUUUUUCACGGGGAGAAGUCGUACGCUGGCUCGAAUCGCAAGACGCGUACACGUUGCACCGACCAUUGCGCAGAAAAUUUCCACGAUUGCAUUACAGAGUGACAAACAUUGACGAUGUGUGGGAGGGGGAUUUGAUCGAACUCCGAAAUUUAAAAAGUUACAAUAACGGUUAUUCCUAUCUGUUGGUGAUUAUCGAUGUACUUAGUAAAUACGUCUGGGUAGAACCGCUAUGCGACAAAACGAGUAACUGCGUGAUAAAAGCUUUUCAACGCGUACUAGCGAAAAGCGAAGGACGAGUACCCAUAUACUUCCAAACGGACAAGAGUAAAGAAUUUGUCCCGCAAUCAAUGCAGAAAUUUCUUAAAGAAAACGACAUUCAUUUUCGAGUAACGCGCAAUCCGGACAUCAAAGCCGCCAUAGUCGAACGCUUCAACAGAACACUGUAG